AUGAAAUUUGCUGAAUCUUUGAAAGAAGGUUUAGUCCCUGAAUGGCAGGAUCAAUAUGUGGAUUAUAAAGAAGGGAAAAAAUUAAUUAAAAAAUGUAAAAAAUUACAAGAAGAGUAUGCUUUUGAAGACACUUUGAAAUUCCAAAAGAAAGAUAUUAACAAUACUACUGAUGAUAGAACACCUUUGAUUGUCCCUACAGAACCUCAGCAAGUGUAUACUACAGGAGCCAUAGAUGAGAACAAUGAGAAUGAAGUUGAAGGAAUACCACCCUUAUCAGCUAGUCAAUAUUCUAACUCCGGGUAUAGUCGACGCCGAUUAUCUAUCUUUGCUACUUCAGUUAGAUCCUCUAGCAAGAAAGAUGACUAUAUAAAAGAAAAGGCAAACUUUACCAAAUGGUUGAAUGAACAACUUAUGAAAGUUGAUGAUUUUUAUAUUGAAAAGGAACAAGAUGUGUAUGAACGAUUCUUGCUCUUACAAGAUCAAUUAUAUCAACUUCGAGAUCAAAAGACUCAACUUAUCAAAGAGAAAAAUAUUCAUGACAACAAAAACCAUCCAGUUAAAUCUAAUACUGAUCACGUUGUCAACAAAGUCAAUGAUUUCGCUUUCCAUACAAAAUCAAUCAUCAGUAAUUUGAAUAGAUUUGAAUUACCUAGCUUACCGUCAUUACGAUUCUUGAAAAAAUGGAAGACAAAAAAUAAACGGGACAAUCAAUUUCAAGAUGAGAUAUCUUUGCAAAUCCAAGAUAAAGCAGAUCUAAACUAUGCGGAGAAUAGGGUGAGAAAUGGGAUUGUUGAUAUAACGGAAGGCGCAACCAUUGAUCUGACAUCACUUGAAGAAUCUGAUGGUGAAUCGAUUUUCAUCCCUAACGUUGCUGCACCACAACCACCACCACCUCAAACUGAAGAACAAUUACGGAAAACUAGACGACGUGAUUAUGCCUUACAUAAACAACAUUUUGGGGUGCCAUAUUUAUACGCAAGAAAACAAUUGAAGUCAGCAUUAUUAGAACAUUAUAGAGCAUUAUCAUUAUUAAAAUCAUUUAAAACCAUGAAUCGAACUGCAUUUAGAAAAAUCACCAAGAAAUAUGACAAGGCAUUGAAAACAGAACUUAUGCAACCUUUUAUGCAUAAAAUAGACACAACAUCUUAUUUCUUAACUAGUGAUUUACUAGACAAGUUAAUCAACCAUGUCGAAGAAUUAUACAUUGUAUUCUUCGAUUCAACAUCAACCGAUAGAAAGCAUUCAUUGGAAAAAUUGAAAACCAUUGCAUACGCCAUCAAUGCAUCAGAAAUGAGACCGCCAUCAUUUUAUAAGGAAUUUUUUGUUAGUGGAUUAUUUCUUGGAUUUGGAUUGCCGUUAUUUGUGUUGGCACUUUACACGGCGUUAGAUAAAACUUUGAAUAGAGACAUGACAGAGGGGAAAUACUUGUUACAAAUUUGGGCAGGGUUUUUCCUUUUGAAUUUAACGUUUAUUUUAUUUGCAGUUAAUAUGGCAGUAUUUGAUAAAUUUAAAAUCAAUUAUAGAUUUAUUUUUGAAUUCAAUAUUGCUACAACAUUAAAUUAUAAACAAUUUUUAAUGUUACCAUCAUUUGGAUUUGCAUUUUUCACUAUUUUAGCAUGGUUCAGUUUUAACAAUUAUUGGCCAUCUGAUUUUCCUGGAAGGGAUUGGCCAUGGAUUUAUUUUGCUGUCAUGUUAAUAAUUUUUUUCUUACCGGGGAAUAUACUUUAUGGUAAUAGUAGAAGAUGGUUACAAGUAGCCCUUUGGAGAUUAUUAUUGUCUGGAUUAUACCCUGUGGAAUUCCGUGAUUUCUUUUUAGGUGAUAUUGUGAGUUCAUUGACUUAUACCAUGGGGAACAUUUCAUUUUUCUUUUGUUUAUAUUCACAUCAUUGGAAAGGGACAUUUCCUGGCCAAAUACCAUCACAAAAUACUUGUGGAUCAGAUAAAUCUCGAUUAAUGGGAUUUUUCAGUACUUUGCCCAGUAUAUGGAGAUUUUUACAAUGUAUUCGUCGUUAUAUGGAUACUGGUGAUUGGUUCCCACAUUUAGCAAACCUGAUGAAGUACACAAUUACAGCAAUAUAUUAUAUCACAUUGAGUAUCUAUCGUAUUGAUAGAAAAACCCAAAAUAGGGCAGUGUUCAUUGUGUUUGCAUCUAUGAAUUCCAUUAUUUCAUCAAUUUGGGAUAUUGUUAUGGAUUGGUCAUUAUUACAAUCUGAUUCGAAAAAUUUCUUAUUGAGGGAUCAUUUAUUUUAUAAGAAUCCAAAUUAUUAUUAUGCAGCAAUGAUUACUGAUGUAAUUUUAAGAUUUCAAUGGGUUUUCUAUGCAUUUUUCACUCGACAAAUUCAACAAUCAGCAGUGACAAGUUUUUGUAUUGCUGUAGCAGAAAUUGUUAGAAGAUUCAUUUGGAUACUUUUCCGAAUGGAAAACGAACAUGCCACCAAUGUCAUUUUAUUUAGAGCUUCCAAAGAUACUCCAUUACCUUAUUCUGUGUCUAACAAGGUUGAAAAAGCCAUCAAGAAAUUAGUUGAAUUACGGUAUUACUCCAAGUUUUCUGAACAACAAGAACCUAAUUUCCAAGAUUAUUCAAUGGAUUUCCAAUCUACAAGUCCUAGCAAUGUUGGUGUUAAUGCAUCUACUACUAUUGAUACUUCAGCAACUACUGGUUAUUCUGCUGCUCGUGAUAGGGAUACACAUAUCGAUGAAAGUUCUAUUCCAAUCAGUAGGAAAACUAUUGCUAGUACCGAAUUAUCACGUCGUAAAAGUACUUUUAAAGUGAUUAGUGAUCGAUUGAAUCGAGCUCACAUUAAAGAUUUUCAACGACGUAAAACUGCAUUACAAAUUGAAGAUGAUAGUGAUGACGACGAAGAUGAAGAUGAAGAUGAAUUAAGCUUACCACCAAUUCGGAGGACAGCAACCACUGGAGGAUCAAGUAGAUUGACAUCAUUAAGAGAAACUGAAGAAGUAUGA